AUGAGGGCGCAAGACGGUGUCAGGAUGGCCUCUAUUGCCAGCGAGCUCGAUUCUUUAAUCAAGAAAUUCCGCUCGUCCAAUAACGACCUAAGAGGACUUCGAGAGCAAAUCACCGAGCUUCAAAAACCGACCACACACCACCCGAGGCAUGCUAAAAUCGUCAAGCAGGAAGACUGGGAUGGUCUCGUCGAGAUACGAGGAGCUUCCAAAGCUCUUCAUGAUGCCCUCGUGGGAUCAUGGAACUGUGGACAUCAAGGCCACUUGGGCCACACCGUGAAGCUGUUCGUCGAAACACACCGAGUGAGUGGCGAGAUACGGAUGAAUUUAGCAAUCGUGUGCCGCAGCCAAACCAACGACGCCGUAAAAUCGACCCUGGUACAAUUGGAGGUUCGCUCACAGAACCUGGCGUGGCAUCUGGAUCCUCGUCGCCGUGAACCGUACGACCUUGAUGCAUUUGGAGGACGACGAAAUGCAGGCUUCUGGGACAGGGAAUUGCCUAGGCAGUCUCAACGGCUUGGUUCAUUCCAGGGACAAUCAAGUGCGGAAUAUGGUCCGUCUAAUGGUGUUCGUUGGGAGGGGUCCUCCAAUUCAGGUCUAUCGAAUGACAUCUGCAGACAGCUGACGCAACAACUCGAGGCGAACUGUCUCGGUCACCUCGAUUUCCAGACCGACGAGGUCUUCCGGCACUCUUUCUAUCCCGCCAAGAAAAACUCCUACGGAGAUUCGCGUCCGUCUGAUCGCAGACCCGUCACCAUAGACGAGGUUCUCGACGAAUCUUUAGGGGAUUUCCUUUCAACAAUUGACCGACUAAAGCUUGCUCGCUCCAUGGUAUCGGCAGUCCUGAAGUUCCACUCAACUCCAUGGCUCAGGGACUUUUGGAGACUGCGUGACCUGGCCUUCUUCAGAGGUGGUCAGGAUGAGGAGGUAUCGGAGGCUCUUCGGAGUCUGCAUGUUGGUAUUGAAGUUGCCCAGAGGCAGUUUGACUCGAUGGAUGGCGUGCAGGACUCUUCAGAUAUGCAAAAUCUGUCUUGGCCCACUGAGGAUGAGCUGAUACGCUAUGGCAUCAACAAUCUCACUUUACACAGCCUUGGUGUGGCGUUGCUGCAGAUAGACAGAUGGACCAGGGUAUCACCAGGCGAUGUGGUUGCCGUUCGCAAAAUGGCAUCGAGGUCUUCGUCGUUGGGACCGCGGUACCGGGAGCUCACGCAGAAGUGUCUUCGUUGCGAUUUCGGCUUCGGCUCGGACCUCACGCAGUGGCGGCUUCAAAGGGCGGUUUACGAGAACGUUGUGGAGACAUUGGAGGCGAUGAUCUCAAGCUUGGAUUUGACAGAGGACUAA